CAAACUUGAGUGUGGUACACCUGUUGAGGCCACUUAUAAUCAGGUAAUUGCUGCUGCAGUCCGUGUGUUGUCUCUGUGGAGCAGCAGCUAAUUUCAGCCUGUAUUACUGAAGUAUAAACCGCGCACAGAAGGACGGUAGUAAAAACAGAUAACUGCGGACAUUCAGGUUAUUACCCAUCAUUACCUGCCAGAGUCUUCAGCCAUGAAUCCUCCAACCAACAGACACGACACAAGUCCGCCAGAGCACUACAUGCCCCAGUCUUCAUCAUCGUCAUCAUCCUCAGCAGCAGCUGGAGGAGAUGGUGGUGGUGGAGGAGGAGGUUUGUAUCUGGAUACCUAUGAGGUCUCUUUCCCCCUGGAGGAGAGUGUGGAGCGCCCCCCUGCCUAUCACAUGCACCACGGCCAGCAGAUGAUGGAAGAGCCAGUGGUGCAGGAGUCUCCUCAUGCCUCGUACAGCCCUUUCAUCCUGGUUUCUAACCUGCGGGCUCACCUGUACGUCUCUCUGGAGAAGAAUGCCUGGCUGCAGAAGCGCAUUGAGGAGCUAGAGGAGGAGCGAAACUUCCUGCGCUGUCAGCUGGACCGCUUCAUCAUCAGCAUGAGGAAUCCAGACAUGACAGAGUGGUGUGGAGAUAACCAGCGGGCUGUCAAGGCCCAGCCGGCCAGCUCUCCAUCCCCUCCCUCCCCCAUGACCACCAGGUCUGGAAUGACCCUGAAACGCAUUCAGGGUACAGGACCUCGGAGUCGCCGUAACAUCGCCAUCCCUGUGAAACAAGAGUUUCACCUUGAAGAGGACAAAUACUACACUGAGGAUGAGUACAUGGAGGAGGAGGAAGAUGAGAACGAGGACGACGAUGAGGACUCAGCAGUGGAAAAGGGGUCGAAGAAGAAGGGCAGAGGGCGAGGCGGCGGAGAGCCGAGGAUGAAGAUGAGAAGGAUCUUCAGGAUCACACAUGGGAGGGAGAGACAAAGAGUUAAAGACCCAGAUGGGGUUCUGAUUCGUUAUAAGAAGAUCCUGUCCACCUAUCAGAAGGUGAGAAGUAUGUCCCGAGCCUUCCAGAUCCACGGAGUGGACCGAAACACCAUGGCCUCCACCUCGCCGAUCGCAGAGCUGCUGCUGGUGGCCCCAGAGAAGGUGACGGAAGUCGGAGAGUUCGAGGCCUCAAAGGAGAAGCUUUUGGAUUACGCCCGGCGGUGCUACAAGACCAUGGAUGACGAGACGCAUGCCAAGGUGCAGAGCAUGAAGAAGACUCACAAGCUGCUCCCGAUCUCCUACAGGUUCAGAAACUGAUGAAGUAGAAGAGCCCGUGUUUGGGGGGCUUUGAGUUUAUGUAGACUGUUUUUUUCUUUGUUUCAGUUCUUUUCCUUCUAUGUUAAAGAAGAAAAACAAAAUGUUUGAAUGGUAGGACAACAUGCCGGAUCGCAUGUUUUGGUUUGGAUAGUUUUUUUUUUUAUUAUUAUUAUUAUUAUUAUUUAUUUUUAUAAAAAGCAGCUUGUUUCAUGAAAUUGAGAAGUUUUCAUUUUUGCAUGUGCAGCAAGUUGUUUUUGUUUGUUUUUGCUCGUCUGGAGCUGAUUUUCUUUGAUUGUGUGCAGGACUGAAUUAUAUAUAUAUAUAUAUUAUAACUUGUUAUAA